GAUAUUGUGGUAAGUGUUACUUCUACGAACUUUGGGUGUAUUUUCUGUAUUGAAUUGGGUGUAUUUUUUACGUUCAAUUGGGUGUAAGUUGUGUAUUUUCAGUAUUUCAUUUCUUGUUUCGCAAUUCUUGCAGAGCAUGGCACUUUCGGAUCACCCAGAGGGGGAAUUCAUAUCACCGAAAACGAAUAAGGAAUUCAGGGUGGAAGACUACCCGAGUUUUAUUCCCUUCAUAUAUAGAAAAAAAUUAACUUCGCAUCCAUAUAUUUUUGCACCUGUUUGCCACUCGGGGCAUUGGUGGUUAUGGCUGAUAAAUACAACGAAGCGGAAAUGUCAUAUACUUGACCCGCUACACAAAAAAGUUCCAAGCGAAGAGAGAAAGCAGAUUAAUAAAUUCACUGGAUAUGUAUUUUCAAGAUUGAGAGCAUAUGCCGGCGGGGAACCUCUGCAGAAAGACGAGAAGGAGAAGGAAAUUAAAGCAUCAUAUGUUAAAAUAUCAGGCCAAAAAAUAAGGUAUAAAUUUGUUACUCUGAACAUUAAACUUUCCUAAAUGAGAUUUGUAAUCUAUUUUCUUCGUUUUCAGCUAUGA